AGAGAUAACAAAAAAAAUGAAAAACUAUUUUCUCCGUUUUUCUAUUCAAGCUUAAUUUACCGUGGUGAAUUUAAAGAGAAAACAUAUUGUACUUGAAAAUCUUUAUCUAGUUAAAUAUUUUCUUUGCAUAAAACUGACUUUAUUUCUAAGCUAUAUAAAAUAAGUGGUAUAUUAUUCUUGCAUUAGCUAAAAACUGAUAUAAUAAUUAUAAGUAAAAGCAUAAUGGAAAUGCAUAAAUAGAAAAGGAAAACAAGAAAGCAUGUAGCAAUUGAAACCUAAGUAUGAAAAAAUGAAACAAAAUUAUCAAAAUUAAAAUAAAUGUUAACAAAUUUGUCUUGUUACUUUAGCAAUUCAUAAGAAUUAAAUGUAGAAAAUAUCAACUUGAUCAUGAUACGAAAAUCAAGCUUGCACAUUUAUAGUUUAACAACAAAAUCCAAACUACACUAUUCUUCAACUCUUAGUUUUUUAUCUCGGAUAUAUAAAAUACUUGAGAUGGAAGUAAAUGCCUCAAUAAUUUACUUGAAUCUCGUGACAUCAACUCCAACAGCAACGAAAAACUUUCCCUUUUAUCGGACAAUACCAUAACUGUAACAAAUAACACACUUCCUUAUUACAAAUUUCAUACUUAUUGUACUUUUAUGGAUACAUAAAAUAUCGCUUAGGAAAAGAGCAAAACUCUAUUUUUAUUCAUUACUAAUAACAGCUCCUGAGUUCCCGAUCACCAUGGAAACCACUGGAAACACGUUGUCCACGAUUCUCUCGUGUUCAUGGUAUUUUAGUACCCGUCUCCAACCCCGUGGGAACUAAAUGGGAUUUAUAUAUAUACCACAGACAACUAAGGUUAUUUCUCUCAUCGAAUUUCAUUCAGCUCUAAGUAAUAAUGAUGUAUUUUAAGUUAUAGAUUUGGAUUAUUCGCGGUGUCUAAAUUCCUGAACAAGAUGCUGCUAGAACAAGAAAAAACUAUGAAAAACCAAUCCGAGAAUUCAAAAAGGUCGCUAAGUUCAACUACAAGUUUAGACCUUUCUUCUGUAUCUUCAUUCACAAGUUUUUCUGAAAAAAGUUAUAAUGAGAACGAUGUGAAAGAAUUUGUGGCAGAAAAGCUGAAUAAAAGACUAAAUGAUGUAUUGCACGGCCUACGUACAUUUGACAAGGAAAACACUGGAAAAGUUCUACCAGCUAAUUUACACAACGUUCUAAAUAUAUUUUGCUAUCCAUUAACUUUGAUGGAAUUUAAAGAACUAACGUCACAGGAAAAACUAGAUGGGAAUGGAUGUAUAACCUAUAGAUCUUUUCUCCAAAAUCUAACGGGGCGAAGAAACGAAAGAGAUGAUUUUAAUAGGAAUAGAAAGAAAGAGAUGAACCUUUUAGACGAGAGUACUGAAGAAUUGGAAAUUAGAAUGAAAAGAAAGAUAAGUAAGAAUCUUAAGACAUUCAUACGCUGUAUGUGGUUAUACGAUCCAAAUCGAGACGAGAUGAUCCAGAAACACGAAUUCCGUGCUGUUCUAGAAAAUCUGUGCUUCCAUUUAACAGACGAACAAUUUGACAGGUUGUGGCUCUUAUAUGAUCCAAACAUGAGAGGUGUUUUAAACUACAAAGACUUUCUACUGAAAUUAGGAACUCGAACAGAGUCAUACAAAAGAAUCAUACCCAAAGGGAUGAAAUCAAAAAUCCUCCACCAAACCACCACAAUUGAUGCUUCUGAAUCAAAAAAAGAACGUACUCGUAAAAAGUUUGCAAAGUUAGGAAGAGAUGACCCAGAAAUCCAAGGACAAGUCUUCAGCAGUAUUGUCGAAGUAUUUCGGAAAAGAGUUGAAAAGAACUUUCCCAUUUUGCUUCGAACUUUCCGAAUCAAAGACAGCAGUGAUAAUGGUUUUGUUUCUUUAACAGUAUUUCACCAAGUAUUAAACUAUUUUGUGAUGCCAAUGUCUUCUCAAUUAUUCAAACAAGUCUUAACAAAUUUUAAUGUUCCUACAUCAGCAAACAAAAUUCAAUGGUAUGAAUUUCUAAAGAGUGUUUGCAUGAAGAAUGCCCACAAUUCUGGAAGUAAUACUCAGUAUUCGAAAUCUUACAAUUGGAGCGCUUGUAGAUCUAUCAUUGAAAAACUGAAGAAAGCAGGAACGAGCUCAGAAAACUUCUUUGGCAAAUCUUUUACUGUUCUUGAUCAAAACAACAAAAGAACCAUUACAAGAGCAGAACUGAAAAGAGCCAUCAAUCAACAACUCUUGUUGCCUCUGGGGGAGGAAGAAUUUAGAGCAUUAAUGUUUAUAUUGGAUCCUGGACAUACAAAUGUUGUGGACUGUCAAAACUUCCUUUCGAUCUUCGAAUCAAUGCAAAAUGAAAAGAACAAUAACUCGAAUCACAGUCCAGCUAAUGAAGAACUUCAAAAUGAAAGAAUAUCACCAACACUGGCUGGGGAAAAGCUGAAAAUGGAGUUUAAAAAGAACUUUAAUAAAAACUUAACAAAUAUAGAAAAGGCUAUAAAUGCAUUUGAUUCUGAAGAAACUGGUUUCAUGCAUAUUGAUGAUUUUCGUAAAAUUCUACAAAGUUUCUGCUUUCUGUUAACCGAUUCUCAGUUCAGAGAAAUUCUUGGUAAUACUCCUGUAGUUAUUAACAAGAUAAAUUACUCUCAUUUCAUAAAGAACUACAAGAAAGGUAGUUUUGAGGAUGAAGAAAAAUGGGCACUCUGCGUGAAAAAAUUAACAGCUUUCCCAGAUAAAGUGAAAAAGUUGGAUGCUGAUGAUGUAAUAAGACACAUUAAAGAAGCAGUAAAAUGCCACAAGGACAAAUUUCUUCAAGAAUUUAAGGAACAAGAUUUUUGCAAUAUCGGAAUAGCGAGACAAGAGGUGGUUCAAAAACUUCUUCAUAAGUAUGUUUUCAGAAUGAGUCCCGAACAGUUCAAUAAUCUUUGGGAAAAGCUUCCUAAAAACGAGAUUGGUUUUUUAAACUACGAAGAAUUUUUAAACGAAUGGUGCAAUAACUACAAGUGCGAUAAUGGAUACAGAUGUUCGAGGCCUGCAUCUCGAGCAAGUCAAUGUUCUUUGGCGUCCUCAAAGAGAUCUCUCCAAUCGACACCAAGAUAUAAUUGGAGAGAAAGACCAAAAACCGCUAGUUCGAUAGCCUCUUCCAAAUCUUCUUCUGCAAAGUCCUGUUUCAGACCAAGAUCGGCUGCAUCAAGCCAUUCUACAAUCAUAACCAAGUCAGUUGCGAUCGCAGGAUCAGAUGAGAACUCUGAUGAAGGAAACCUUAGGCUAGAAGGCUUGAAAUAUGGAGUGCUUACCAAUCAAGAGUAUAAACAAUUCCGAAAAUUAGAUUUCAGAAAAGAAAAUCCUGGUUCACGAAGUCGAAGUAUCAAUGGCUCUAUGUCUGCAAAAACAUGCUUUGUUAUACACGAAAAAAAGGAUGAAAAUGCCAUGAAGAAUGAAAUCAUGAAUAAUGGAUUUUUAGCAAAUGAGGCAAAUUCUUUCAUAAACAGUAUUAAAACAAGAUGGCGAGAUAUUUUAAGACGUUGUAAAGUUUUGGAUACAGCGAAUCAGAAUACUCUUCCGUGGAAAGAUUUUUUAAGUGUUUUAGAAAAAACUGGAAUUUAUGUGACUUCUGCCGUUGAGCAACUUUUGAACGUUCAAUUCAAUAUAAAAGUUGGUUUUCCUGUUAAUUAUUGGUUAUUCUUAAAAAAUAUUGUACUAAAUCUGGACAACUCAUUGAAUACAAAUCACCAGAUUAAGAGAACAACAGCUUCAGUAAAAGUGAAUAAUAAUGAUGUAACAGGAUUGAGCAAAGCUCUUCUAACAUACAAAGAUAAAAUUUUAAAAAAUUACAGAGAUUUACGAUAUGCAUUUCGCAGGAUUGAUAAAGGGCAUACAGGUUUCAUUAAGUCUUUAGAAUUCCGAAAAAUUCUUGGUUUAUAUAAAAUUCAAUUAUCCGAGGAAGAUUUCUUUUACAUACAAGAUUAUUUUGACCCAAAACUCACAGAACAAAUAAAUUAUGAUGCAUUUUUGAAUUCUUUUGCAUAAUAUAAUUUAUUUGAAAUGUAUCAGUAACUGUAUA